AUGUCUUCUCAGAAAGAUGUCCUAAGAACUGCAAGCCAGGCAGCUCUGAAAACCACCUAUCUCUUACAGAUGGGAGUUGGGUCUCUGGUCAAUGUCAUCCUUUUCUUCCAAAACAUCUUUCCAGUCUUGUUUGGACACAAGCAGAGACCCACAGACACGAUUCUCACCCACAUGGCCCUGGCCAAUCUCUUGGUUCUUCUCUCUUCUGGGAUUCCCCACACAAUGACAGCUUUUGUUUCAAGUAAGCCCCUGUCCAGUCUUGGGUGUAAACUUGUAUAUUACAUACACAGAGUGGCUCGCAGCACCGCCCUGUGCUCCACCUGUGUCCUGAGCACCUAUCAGUCCUGCACUCUCAUCCCUAGAAGUGAAGGGAGGUCAUUGCUCAGAAGAGCCCGCAGGGUCACAGAUUCUUCCUGCUGGAUUUGCUGGAUAUUCAGUGCCUUCGUGAAUAUCUACAUUCCUGUGAACAUCACUGGUCCGCAGGACACGCACAACUAUUCUGAUACUCAAGGCAGGUGGUUCUGCACGUCCUUGGGUCAUAAAUCAGGCUUUACCUUCUUGUGGUCUGUCUCAGAUGCCGUAUUUAUUAGCCUCAUGAUCUGGUCCAGUGGCUCCAUGGUGCUUCUUCUGCACAGACACCACCAGAAAAUGAAGUAUAUUCAUACCCGCACUGGACACCACAGAUGCCCCCCAGAGACCAGAGCUACCCACACGAUCCUGAUGCUGGUGGUCACCUUUGUCAUGUUUUAUGUGCUGAAUUCUGUUUUUGCUUUUUGUAUUAGUGCUUUUCACGAUUUUCGUCUAUGGUUGCUGCAGACCUCUAGUGUCUUAGUUUCAUGUUUUCCCACUGUUUCUCCCUUCCUCUUGCUCCUUAGGGAUCUGAGAGCACCUAGAUUCUGCUCCUGA